AUGAGGAUCCGUUCGUUUCUUAUCACAAGAACGCGGCCAUAUUCUUGGAUCUCAACUUUGCCUAGACGAGCUUGCUUUUAUUCUUCGUCCAAAGUCACCAUGGCGACUCCUACAGACACAUCUAAGUCGACUUACCAGCCACGGUACAUUGAUAUUGGCAUCAAUUUAGCUGACCCCAUUUUCCGCGGCCUGCAUCAUGGGAAGCGGCGUCAUCCCGAUGAUUUAGAUAGUGUCAUCAAGAGAGCCAAAGAGGUUGGAUGUUCCAAGCUGAUAGUUACUGGGUCCGACUUCACCAGUUCUCGAGAUGCUCUUGAGAUUGCCCGCCAGUAUCCUGGUACUGUUUACACCACCGUUGGCAUUCAUCCAUGCAGUAGUGCAAUUUUUAGCACCUCGGACGAGGCCGCGGAGAGCGUGCACACCGAUCCUGACCCGUCUCAGCCUAUUCCCGAGCACCAUGAGCCGGACCCCGCCAAGACGGAUGCCAUCAUCGCCGAGCUCCGAGAUCUUAUCAAAGAGUCAACGUCCACCCAGAAGGGUCUCGUUGCCUUUGGUGAAUUUGGUCUGGACUAUGACCGUUUGCACUACUGCUCUAGAACUAUUCAGAUCCACAGCUUCGCUGCGCAGCUUGACCUUGUCGUUCGCGCAGAACCACAGCUGCCCCUAUUUCUGCACUCGAGAGCGGCUCACAGAGACUUCGUAUCCUUGCUCAAAGAAAAGUUUGGCGAGAAACUCGAGAAACUCGUGAAGGGUGGCGUUGUCCAUAGCUUUACGGGCACCAUCGAAGAGGCUAGGGAACUCAUGGAUCUGGGGCUAUACAUCGGCAUUAACGGUUGCAGCUUCAAGACCGAGGAAAACUGCGAGGUCGUCAAGCAGAUUGACCUGGAUAGAAUGAUGUUGGAGACAGACGGCCCUUGGUGCGAGAUCCGGCCGAGUCACUUUGGUUACAAGUACUUGAUUGAGAAAAAGCCCGAGGUUAACGGCACCGACGGCACCACAAGCCCAGAGACAGCUGCAAAGCCUCAGGGCAAGAAGAAGAACCAAAAGAAGGAACCAGAGGUUCCAGAACGCUUCAAGGUUGUUAAGAAAGAGAAGUGGGAGGAGGGUGCGAUGAUCAAAGGCCGUAACGAGCCCUGUAUGAUUGAGCGUGUUGCCAAAGCAGUGGCAGGCAUCAAGGGGGUAGAAGUCGAAGAGGUUUGUGAGGCAGCUUGGAGAAACACGGUGAAGGUUUUUGGUGUAGAUCAAUAG